GUUAGACCGACGCCCCCCUCACUGAAACCUCUCUCGCGGAAUUUCUUCAAAGAGCGAGCGGGCGGACUCCUGAUUCAUGGUUGGUCCCAAAACCCUAGGCACCGCCAUUGAACGCAAAACCCUAGGUGCUACUUUGGUGCAAUAUCUCAGCACUCACCGGAAAACAGCUGGAAAAUAUUUUGGCUUAGAAAUUCUUGCCAAAUCCACAUAUCCAUAAGCAAUUUCCGGGAACUGUGAACUUUCAGCAACACCCUGCAAGCCUGUUCUGAUCGAUCUCCGUGAGCGCAUCCAACAUUGUCAGCUCACAGUGACUCCCUCAAGGUCAGUAGCUCUCGUUGAUUUUCGGAUUGAUGUAAAGGUUUCAAUGGCGGAGGUUCCUUAUGUGAAUUGGGUUGAUGUUGAUUGGUAGCUUCAGCUAUGAACGUUCAUCAUCACUUGUGGGUUACAUUGAUGAGAGAGAGGUCUCUGUGUUAAUUGCCUGAGCCAAACAAGAUAUGAUAUGCAUGAGCCACUAAUCUUAUGCAUGUGAAUGCUUUGGCCAAACAAUAAAAGCGCAUUGCUGCUGUGAUAUACUAAUUUUAAACAAAGUAAUAUUUUGUUUGGAUAGAUUUAUUUUGCAUCCAGACGAGCCCAAAACAAGGCAGCCUUAGGUGAGUUUCUUAUCAAUGGAGUUUCCUCAACCGGUUCUAAGACUUUAAAGGGGUUUUUGAGAUUAACAGAGCUCUCUACAAGCUAUAACCAAUGAGUCCUUCUGUCAAUCCUAGAUCUCCUGCUAGGAGAAGCUCGUCUGAUUGGUCUGGUUCUCCUCCAAGAAGGCAAUCCUCACCAUAUCCUCGUCCUUCCCGUAGAAGAAGCCCACCUAGAAAAGAAAACUUUCUCUUCGGUCGGAGGACUUCCCCAAGAUUGAGAUCACCUGAUAGAGGUACUUAUCACCGAACAAGAUCACCGACAACCGAAAAAGUGCGCAGUCAAAAUAGGUCCCCCAACUACUUGAGGUCUCCUGUAAGGUCUGGUUCUCCCUAUGCAAGACCUUCUUCUCCUAGUACGAAACACUUAAGGCGAGCUCAAGAAGAAAGAGAGGUGGAUGAGUUAAGAGAUAGAGAGCCCAAGGGGAGCAAAAACGUGAUGUCAGGUUCUCCCCGUUCCCAGUCUCCUUCGCUGCGUACAAAACACUUGAGGCAGGCUCGAGCAGAGAGAGGGAUGGAUAAGUCAAGAGAUGGAGAGUACAAGAAGAGCAAAAAUGCAAGGUCUGGUUCUCCCCAUUUGCAGUCUCCUUCUCCCCGCACGAUACGAUUGAGGCAAGCUCAAGCUGAGAGGGAGGCUGAUAAAUUAACAGAUAGAGGGCAAAAGAAGAGUAACAAUUUAAGGGUGGGUUCUCCCCAUUCAAGGUCUCCUUCUCCCCGUGCAAAGCACCUGAGGCGACCUCAAGAAGAGAGGGAGGCAGAUAAGUUAAGAGAUAGAAACCAUAAGAGGAGCAGCAUUGUGAGGUCAGGUUCUCCCGAUUCUCAGUCUCCUUCUCCCCGUACAAUGCGCAUAAGGCGAGCUCAAGAAGAGAGAGAGGCAGAUAAGUUAAGAGACAGUGAAUACAAGAAGCGCAAUAAUGUAAGGUCAGGUUCUCCCUAUUCUCGCUCCCCUUCUCCACAUGCGAAACACCUAAAAAGAGCUCAUGCAGAGAGAGAACUGGACAAAUCAGACAGAGAGCACAGGAGAAGUGACAAUAAGGAUGAUGAUAGGGGGAGGCAUAGAGAAAGGGGCUCAGAUAAGGACUUAAGCGUUGAGAGAAAGUCAAUGAGGGACAUGCGAGACGACUUCUCUUCACGAUCAAAGCAUGGUCGUUCAAUUUCUCCUAGGGAUCGUGGACAUUGGAACAAACGUGGGUCAGAGUCACCUCCUAGAAUAGCCAAUGACUAUGGAAAGGAUCACCACCAAUCUGCCAAAGCUGGAGCACGUGACGAGGUAGCACACCAAAGAGGAGAACAACAGCGGGAUGGCAAUAAUGAUUCACUAGCAAAGAUGAAAGCUGCUGAGGAAGCCCUAGAAACAAAGCCAAAGCAACAGCCUUCAUUUGAGUUGUCAGGGAAGCUUGCUGCUGAAACUAACCGAGUAAGAGGUGUGACUUUGCUAUUUACUGAACCACCUGAGGCUCGCAAACCAGAUAUAAGAUGGCGAUUAUAUGUAUUCAAAGCUGGUGAAGUGCUUAAAGAACCUCUUUAUGUGCAUCGCCAAAGCUGUUAUCUCUUUGGGAGAGAAAGGAGGGUUGCAGAUAUUCCUACAGAUCAUCCUUCUUGCAGCAAGCAACAUGCUGUUUUGCAGUAUAGGCUCGUGGAAAAGGAGGAACCUGAUGGUAUGCUGUCAAAGCAACCGAGAAUAUGUAAUUCUGCACGAGAACUCUGCCUGAUGAUGCGCUGGGUUAUGACAAAUGAUCAGGCAUCCCUUCCAUGGUUUUGGUUCAUGUGUAGAGCAGCAGAGGUGUUCAAUUAUGUUCUUUUUUUUUGUCACCAUGUUGUAUUUAUGGGCUUGAGUUUCUCCAAAUUUUUGAGUGAUGGAUAUGUAGCCUGGAUAUUAGAAGUUUGUGAUAUUUAUGCCCUCUUUUCUAUCAGUCAAAAUUUAGUCUGUCGCCUAGGUUUCUUUUUGUUGAAAAUAUCGGUAGAAUUUUGUAUUAUCUUAAUAUAAUGAGAUAUCUUCCCAUGGUUCGCAUUGAAUAAAUGAAUUUAUGCUAGUGUAAGUGAUGCUAAUAAACUUGUAAAUAUAAGUUACGAAAA